AUGCGUCGGGCGUCUGCAUUCGCGUCCGCAUUUCUUUUACUCCUAUUGGUACCAAGCGACCUCACUCUCAGAUGCCAUUUGCAUCAUGAGAUCUGGGAGGACGGACACAAACUUGAGAUCAAGCCCGACGUCUGUUCCACCAAUAGGUACUGUGUAUCUGCAAUCUAUCACGAUCCAGAUCCGGUGAGGAAGAAUGGUUAUUCUUUGGGCUGCGACCGUGUCGACUGUGAGCAGUCUGAUGAUCCAAGUCAGGAAAAGAUAUGGCGUACAAUGCCAGGCGGUGGUGGGAUGAAAUGUCGAAAGCACCGUGACUAUGGAAGUCAGGGUGAGGUGUGCUGUUGCAAAACGGACAUGUGUAAUGAAAUGAACACUCCGGCGUUGGUUCUGUUCAUUACGCCCCUGUUUGCCUUUUCUAUCCUUGUUUGGUGA